ACGAAACCGGUUGUCAUAAAGUGAUUUUACAUAUUAAAAUGUUCAUAUUACAUUGUAGUUUUGAAAACCUUCACGAGUUAAAAUGCGAUAUAUGUAGAGAAAUAUACGCGAAGUAAAGAAGAAGAGGUGAAAAAAAAAAACGAGGCUAGUGUUUCAUGAACUGCUAAUUAUGCGAGAAAUGCGAUUUCAAUAAUAAAAGUGGACUAAUGAUUCUGCGUCGAGACGUGACUUGUGGUCAAUGUCAGAACUUUUGAAAAUGACUUUAAUUAAACUGACUUUUUUCCUUCAUAUGCCUCGGUACAUCUUUCUUGUUGCUUUCGCACAAAACAAUUAUCUCAUUUCGCUACCGACUAAAAUAGUGAACGCGUGAAUCAUACUUAAAUGGACUAUAUGAUAAUGAAACAUAAGCGAUUCGAUAUUAUUAGUUUACCGUUUGCUCUCGAGGGACUGUUUUGAUUUUCCAACGCCAUGUAAACUUGUGUGUAGUUCGCGUACCAUGUUUAAAAUAAUUUUAUGUGGUGUUUUUGUAACGGUUUUUGUGCUGGUUCGCGAUUCCGUAUUAUGCUGCUCGUCGCAGAGUCUAAACGCCGUCAAUACUCGAAGAAGCAAGAGAUCACUGCAUUCUAAUCCAAAUACAUUAUUUCCAGACGUCAUGCUAUCAAUAGCGGAGCAAAACACAGCCGACAUAUGUUUACCAAAAUUUCCGUGCAAUGCUUUCGAUAAAUACAGAACUAUCGAAGGUUUAUGCAAUAACUUACAAGUGCCCAAUUGGGGUAUCCCAAACACAGCUUACGUUCGAUUGCUUCCGGCAUCGUACGCAGACAGAUUUAGUCAAGUAAGACUGGCUCAAAAUGGAAAUUGGUUACCAAGUCCUAGAUUAAUACACACCGUUCUAUUUCCAGAAACAGAUGUUUUUGAUUUUAAGCACACGCUCGCCGUCAUGGAAUGGGGACAGAUUAUAGCGCACGAUGUAACCUUUCUUUCAGUAAAAAAAGGACCAGCGUGCUGUGCUGCAGACGGAAGUUUAAUUCCUCCGCGAAAUCUUCCUCCGGUAUGUUUGCCUAUAGCGGUUCCGUCAAGUGAUCCUUUCUAUUCUAGAUUUAGGAAAACGUGUUUAGACCAGAGACGUGCCAGUACCUCGGAGGAUUUCGGAUGCAGAUUAAUUCCAGUUCAACAAGUUUCAGGCGUUUCGCAUUUUCUCGACGGAUCAGUUAUCUAUAGCUCGACCAAAGACACGUCGAAUUCGCUACGACUAUUCCGAGGUGGCUUAUUAAAAUCGCAGAUAACCCAAGACGGCAGAGCUUUCUUAAUGAAUACGCAAAGACCGACGCAAGUCUGCAAUGUACCCAACGACUCCGAAGUUUGCUACGUAGCCGGAGAUGGCAGAGUAAAUCAGAACACGGAAAUUGCGGUUUCCCAAGUAAUGUUCAUGAGGUUGCAUAAUUUACUGGCUACCGAAUUAAGUCGUCUGAAUCCCAACUGGUCCGAUGAGAUUCUUUUUCAAGAAGCUAGACGUAUUGUUAUCGCCGUACUGCAGCAUGUAACCUAUAAUGAAUAUUUACCUGUAUUGUUAGGUCCUUCAUACGUAAGGAACAAUAACUUGGUACCUUUAAGAACUGGCUCUGGAUACGCAAACGGAUAUAACCCCAAUAUGAAUCCAUCAUCGCUCAGUGAAUUUGUGGCAGCUGCAUUUCGUUCAUAUCAUAGCACCAUUCAAGGAUCAAUCAGCUUGGUGAGCGAAAAUCGAACCCUAGUGAAUCAAAUAAGCCUCAGCGAAUGGGCCAACAGACCGGGUAUUAUUCAGGCUCCGGGAAAUUUUGAUAAUUUUUUACGUGGUUUGAUUUCACAGCCACAGCACCAGCAAGAUAUUUUUUUCAGUAGCGAGAUUACAAAUUUUUUAUUCAGAUUUAAUGGUCCAUUUGGAGUUGAUUUACUCAGUAUGGAUAUAAACAGAGGAAGAGAUUUCGGAAUACCUCCAUACAGCACUAUGAGGCUUCUAUGUGGGUUAUCACCUGUAAAUAGUUUUGAAGAUUUAAGAGAUGUGAUGGAAGACGAAAAAAUCCAAAGAUUAUCCACCAUUUAUUCCAGUGUCCACGACAUAGAUUAUUUAGUAGGCGGAUUACUAGAAAAAAGAGCACCAGGUACGCUGACAAGUCCUUCGUUUCAUUGCGUCAUAGCAGAAGCAUUUUUCAGAUACAAAUUCGCUGACCGAUUUUAUUACGAAUUCGGUGGACAUCCUGGUGCAUUUACUUUAGAGCAAUUAAACAGUAUAAGAAAAUUUACAUACUCGAUGCUACUUUGCUUAGCCAGUGAUAAUUUACAAUUCGCUCAACCUAGCGGUUUUCAUAGGUUUGAUUCUCAGUCAAAUCCACUAAUACCAUGUUCAGAUAUCACUUCGGUAUUUAAUUUGAGAGCUUGGGCUGCUUAGUAAAAUAUUACAUGUGAAUUGUAUUACCUAAUAUAUUAAUUUUUUGCAGUUUUUACAAUAUUUUUGUUUACUUUACAAUAAUGUGAAUAUUU